CACAAACGUGCACUUCCUUCGUGCUGUGACACGCGAGAGGCUCGUCGCUGGACCGGUGUCAACAGUCCAUGGACACGCGAGGUCGCUGACAACAAGCAUCGUUGGGCAUUCUAGGUGAUCGCUGGCUGACUGUUGCGGCAGUCUGUCUGGCGCCUGACGAGUCAGCAAGUUCCUUCAAGAGGAUGUGGCCAGCGGAUGCCAGCGGGCUGUGCGGGGUGUACUUGACGACCACAAGUGAGACGAGCUGCAGAAUGGUCCCAAAAACAAAGCAAACGGAAGUCUGCUGCAAUAGACAUCCACAAAGCGGCCAGGAGGCCUUUAAAGUUGUUGUUGUUAACCUCCAGAUUUCGCGGAGGCCGUUUGGCAGUGACGAAGCUUAUGCGUCUUGUACAAUGCCGGCGCCGUGAAACACUCGAGCUGACGAGACCAGCACCACUAGCAGUUGAGCGUCAGGCAUGUCCUUGACAUGAUGCGGACAGAUUACCAAAACCCUGCCAAGGAACUCAGCACUAGCUUUUGCAAAUUAACUCGCUGCGCACAACUUGCCGAUAUACUCACUGUUCGCCUUCUCUAAAUCAGGGAAGGCGAAAAUCCGAGGCCCAAAUUGCCCGAACUCCUCGACUCUCAGGAGCGUUAAGCGACUAGGAUCUUUGUACGCAAGUACUCGCACUACAAAGCAACGGCACCUUGGGUAACGUCGAUGCAGGCCUACGAGCUGAUCGGCCGCGCUGGCGCGGGCGCCAACUCCACCGUGUACCGCGCCAAGUUUCCAGACACGGGUGUGACGGUGGCGAUCAAGAAGCUCGAUGGGCACCACACCCCCGUGGCCCAGGUAGUGCAGGAGGCUGCGGUCAUGCGCGCGUGCGCGCACAAGCACACGGUGGAGCUGUUAGCGGCCUACCAGGCGGAGGGAACAGGCUCUGUCUAUCUGAUUAUGGAGCACGUCGAGCACAACCUGUCACGCGAGCUGCUGCUGAAUCCACGAGGUCUGCCGCUACCGCGCGCUAAGCUGAUAAUCUACCAGCUAGCUCAGGCACUGGAACUGAUGCAUGCCAAGCAGUGGACGCACGCCGACAUCAAGCCAGCCAACAUCCUGCUCACGGGCGGCGCGCUCAGCAACGUGAAGCUGUGUGACUUUGGGUCCGCCACCUCGCCUUUGCUGACCACCGUCACGGCCUCUGACGACCUCAACGGCGCUGCCUGCACGCCACCGCCGCCGGCAACCACGGCCGCUGCGAGCCGCUGGUACUGCGCGCCGGAGUCUCUGCUGGGUGGAAACGCGACGCCUGCCAGUGACAUCUGGGCAGUUGGCUGCCUGCUUGCCGAGCUGCUGACUGGCAAGCCGGUCAUGCCGGGGAGCGAGGAGGAGCUGGACCAGGUGUGCUGGGUCAUCGCCACCAUCGGGCACCUGGCGCCGAGCCAAGAGGCGCUGCUGCAGCUGCUGCCGCCCGAGCAGCGUGCGCGGGUGGAGGCGGCACGUGCGCGGGGGCCGCUCCUGGACAAGAUGCCCAAGGUGGCCAGCUGCCCGGCUCUUGGUGCGGUGCUGCGGGCCUGCCUCAACCCCGACCCGGCUGCACGGCCCACCGCGGCCCAGCUGCAGGCGCACCCCUUCUUUGACGACCUGCGCGCCGCCCUGGCCGCAGCCGCCAAUGCCGCUGCGGCGUCCAAGCCUGCCAGCUGCGACGGCAGCGGCAGCGACGGCGACGGCAGCAGCGCGCGGCGGCGCAGCUCGGCAGACGGCUGCACCGCCACUGCAAUGGACAUCGACACGCCGCCUUCCGCCGCAGCCGCCUCUGGCGCUAGCGGCAGCGCGUCCACUUCACCGGACGAGGCCGCCGCAGCGGCGGCAGCCGGCCGGACGCUUGCGUCCGCUGACGGUGCGCCGACAGCGGUGGCACCUCCACGGGCGCCGCGCCGUGUUGGCGGCGUGCAGGCGGCGGUGCAGCCAGCACCUAGGCCGCGCGUCUCCGCACUCACCGCCACCAUCCGCGGCCGCGGGCCUUUCGAAGGCGACGGGUCUUACAUUGACCUGAUGCCGGCGGUCCUCCGCCUGGCGGCGCGCUGGGAGAUGGCGGUGGCGGACGAAGGAAAAGGCCCGAUCGCGCUGGCGGCGUGCCACUCUGCCGCGCUGCCCGCUCCACUGACGACGGCCUGCAGUGGCGAGCUGCCGCUGGCGCCGCAGGCGAUCGGCACCAGCUUCGGCGGCUGCAGCGCCGCCGGCACAAGCGUGGGCGGCGCCAGCGCGGCUGGCGCGUGGGCAGGCUUUGGCAGCGUGGGCGCUAGCGGCGGCGGCGGCGGCUGCACCAGCGCCGGCGUUAUCGCUGCUGCGGCGGCGGCGGUCGGGUCCAUGCCAGGAGCGUCCGGCUGCAUGACCCCCAUCGCCGCCGCUGCGGGUGGCUGCGGCGCCGCACCACCUGGGGGAACAGGGGUGGCGGGCACGUCUGCUGGCGGCGCGGCGUCCACUGCGCCGUCGCCGAUGCAGUGCACGCCCGCGGCGAUGCCGGCGUCUGCCGCCUCGCCCCCGCCACUGGCCUCAAUCGCCGCGGCUGCGGCAACUACGCUCGCUCCCUCGACCACCGACCCCACGCUCGGCAUCCCCAUCGCGGCCGCCGUGCCGGUGUCUGCCGACGCGGCGGGCGAGGCGACGGGCGCGAAGGCAUCCAUCCCCAUCUCCUCCUCUGUCGGGCACGUGCCCUACCUGGCACGCGUCUCCCGCCUGGCAGCCUCCAGCAGCGGCGCGGCGGCUGCAGGCUCUGGCACCCGCGCCGGUAGCGGGGCCUACGACUCUCCACUGUCGAAGGGUGCUGGCGGCGGCGCCGCCGCAGCUGCCGCGGCAGGCAGCCUGCCGUCAUUCGGCCUAAGCCCUGCCCAACUGCGCAGCCGCGCGAUUGUGAACCGCGCGCGCCGCCACGCGGCCGGUUCCGGCCACCAGCACCAGAACAGCAACACCAGCGGCAACCAUUUCCACCACCAGCACCAGCUGCACGGCGAGUUCGCGGCGGCGGCCAGGGCCGGCUCCCCGCGCGCAGGACGGAGCGGCGGCGGCGCCGGCCUGGGCGCCAGCGCGACCUUGCUGCAGCAGGAGCUGCAUGGCGCGCAGCAGCCACACCACCACUUCCGCGGCCACGCUGGCGCGCCGCCGGCCGCAAGGCCGCAUGGCGCUGCCGGUGGCGCCGCAGCCACGGGGCUGGGCGCGCGACACGCGGGCCACGCCACUCGUCGCUCCUUCGCGGAUCUGUCCGAGCUCGCCUCCGUGUCUGAGAUGGCGCCGCUGGCCUGCGGUAACGACGCUAAGCAGGACACCAAGCGCCUGCGACGCAUCGCUGCCAACGGCGGAGGCGACGAGGCGGGCGGCGGCGGCGGCGGUGGCGGAAGCCUGGGUGCCGGCAGCCUGCUCAGCGGUGAGCUUGGGCUGCUGAGCUCACUGCCGGAGCACGCGCAGUUUCUAGGAAGCGCGGACACCACAACGUUGGGCGCCGGUGUGGGCAGCGGGUCCGCGCCGCGACGGCGCAUGCGGCGCAGCAGCAGCGGCACAGGCAUGGCGGCGCAGCAGUUUGCGUUUGGCGCCGCGGGCGUGGUCGUGGCCGGCGGCGCCGGCACUGCGGCGGUGCAGCAGCCGUGGCGGCCGGAGGCGACGGGUCGCAGCCAGCCCAUCGCCAUGAAGCCACGUGUGGGUGGCGGCGGCGGCGGCGGAUUCCAUGUGCUCAUGGACAGCCCCAGUACUGAACUCAACAACAACAGCGGUGCCUCUGAGGCGUAUCUCCAGGAGGACGUGGCUUAGAAAGGCUCGUGAGAACCGCAAGCAAGCAAACAAGCGAAUGUACAGCAGGAUUCGGGAUGGAGACGGGCGUGUGCUCUCUGGCACGUGUCCGGCACGGUACUUAUCAUUGGUCUGUCCUUUGCACAUGUCAGCAGGAGCUCAGGGGUCAGCGCUGCGAGGAGGUUUCGUAGGUUGCAGGCAAGCAGACAGGAAGACAGGAAGGGCAGAGACGUGAUGCGCCAAGCGCGCCGGGGGGCAAGCGGUGGACGACAUUUAGUGCCACCUGGAAUGAGUGUGUGGUCGUGGAAAGGUGUUGGGCCUGGCUGCACGUGAGGAGCUUUGCACGCAUUGCAUCUGCUCACGGGGCACAAGAUCCGUUCUUGGCUUUGUGUAUACAAGUGGAUAGGCAGUUGGGCAGUGUGUAUCGUUAGAUUUAUGCCGCGUUUGGACCACACCUAGAUUUAUGUGUUGAUGGUGUGUCGAGGCUUUUCAGCAGGCUCGACUGAAUAAAAUGUUUGGCGAGUCUGCUCUUUUUUGCUUAUCCAUUUCUUUUUGUUGAUGAAAUGCGUAUCCCGGGAGUGCACCUGUCACUCUGUCCGUGUGGGGCAUUCUGUGUGAGCUGUCAUCCUGGCAUCCAGGCAGGUCUUAUCCCUUCUGGUUGGAGUGGUGUUGCCAGGUGCAAAACAGCAAACGGUGACCCACAGAAUUCCUGAAGACGUGUGAUCCGAGGCUUUGCUGUCAACGCACGACAGCCAAUCAGAUUGGCAACAAUCAGUAAGCAUACAUGAAUGCAAGGUCAUCGGGGGUAUGCACGCUGUAUGGUCUAGAUGGGCGGCUGGAGGAGGAGGAGUGGCGCCACAAGGUGGCCGGUGCGUGUGAGAUCCUUGGUCCGCACCGUAUUGUACGGUACACUGACACAUGAGCAAGCUAUGACUUGUGACGCUUGACUCCUGCAUGUGUGCAUUGGUGGAGCAUAUAUGGGCAACACUGUUCUCGAUGGCUAGAGUUCUGCGGCCAGUCAGAAGCGGGUGUGCCCCGGAACUCCACUGCGCCAGCAGUGCAGCACAGUAGCUACUGUAGGUCUGCUGCCAUGACGAUCAGCCCUCGGCUGUGUAAUUAAAUGUGUAAGGUAAGGACUUC